AAAUAAGAAUCCACUUCAUCAUCUUUCAACAAAUUGAAAAUCUGUCUCCCAUAAUUCCUUGUAUUGGAGAAACUCCCAGAAUUCCUUAUAUUGGAGGAACUCCCAGAAUUCCUUGUAGUUCCUCCAGAAUUCCUUGUAUUGGAGGAGCUUCCAGAAUUCCUUGUAUUGGAGGAACUCCCAGAAUUCCUUGUAUUGGAGGAGCUCCCAGAAUUCCUUGUAUUGGAGAACUCCCAGAAUGUCUUGUAUUGGAGGACUCCCAGAAUGUCUUGUAUUGGAGGAGCUUCCAGAAUAUGAAGGUGUUUUUUAACUUAGGUAGGUUUGGGUUUUUAAACUUUUACCUUAAGAUCAAGGAUACACUUAGGAUGAGAGAUAUAAACUUUCAAUCAGAGAUCAAGGAUACACUUAGGAUUUGAGUUAUAAACUUUUUACUUUGAGAGAUCAUAUUGUAAAAUGUACACCAUUGACUAACAAGACUACAGGCUGUUUCUAAUUUUCAGAUAUUGACAGUAUGGGGUGUGUCCAGUGAGUGGGGAUUUUGAUUCCAUUAGGACAGCUUUAAUCCAGUUUAAGAUAAUUUUUCUGUACCAUGCACUUCUGUACUUGCUUAAUAGGAAACUGACCGAAGGGCCUCCUUAAUUAAAGCCAUGGACAGUAUCAUUUGUAGAAACUUUAUUAAAGAUGAUGGCCAGGUGGGAGAUUCUCAGAUUGACAUCCAAGCUUCAGCGGUCAGUGAACAUUGGAAAGAGUGGACUCCACGUGGAGGAGGUGGAAUUCUUUUGCUGUAGAACUUGGACAUUAUGAAGACAACAAGUCUUGUGAAGCAUACUCGCAGUGUUCUCGAAGUUAGCGUUAAAUGAAGUUUAACCAUGAGGCGAACGGAACAUUUUUUGUGGGAUUUUACGUUAUUGUGGUGCUGGCUGUGCUACUUCGCACGAGGUGACCAAAUCAAAAUCCUGGACACAUUAAUAAACCAAACAGUUCGGAAAGGUCACAAGGUGUCAUUCACAUGCUCAAUCGGAUUCAACAACGAGAACACAGAGGGAGGAAGUCUGCGAAUCCGGUGGAAACACAAUGGGGAAAUACUGGACACUAAGUCAGACAGAUACAAGGUGAUGGACAGAGGUCAGACACUGGUCCUCAGGGAGGCGGACUACAGCGAUGCUGGACAGUACACCUGUAUAGCCAGCAUUAGGGGACAGGUCACCGGGCGGGAAAAAUCCUCCGCUAAAUUAGAAGUUAAAGGAACACCAGACCCUCCUCAGGAGGUAGAAAUUAGUUCGUGCGGACCGAAGCGGGUGGAGUUGAUUUGGCGCGAUGGAUCGGACGGAGGGGAGCGGAUCACGGAGUACCUGGUGCAGUACAACACCUCCGACAAUCCGUUCUACUGGAACUCCGCAGACGAAGAAAUCGAAUUCAUGGACAAGUCGUCAAAGACCGCCUUCAUUAGCUUGUCACCGUGGGGGUGGUAUUCCUUCCGAGUCUUGGCCAAGAACAGUUUGGGAUACAGCGAGCCGAGCAAACCUACAAAAACAGAGUGUAAUACGCCCCCCGAAAGGCCGACGUCCAAUCCUGUCAACGUCAAAACCAAGACCGACAAGGAGGGGAAACUAAUUAUCACAUGGGAUCCAAUGCCACGGAUGCAACACAAUGCUCCGAGUUUUGGAUAUCGAGUGGGCUGGAGAAAGAGAGGCAGUUUAUACUGGAACCGAAAAGACAUCAAAAACCCAAACGAAAACCAGUUUGAGGUGGAUGUUGAUGAAGUUUAUGGUCUGUACGAUGUCCAAGUUCAGGCCAUCAACAGUCACGGUGCUUCGUUUCAGCCAGUGUUCACUGUUCGGGGACGCUCGGGGGAGGGGGUUCCUCUGAUCAAACCAAGGGAUUUCCGAGUUGACAUGACCAAACCUGCUGGGCCCCACAAAGCUCAUUUCAUUUGGGAGUCCAUCAAUCCGCUGGACGAAAGAAUAAGGGGAAAGUUCAGAGGUUACAAGUUACAGUACUGGAAAUCUAGUGAAGGACGUAGAAACAAGGAUGAAGUGAUGAUUGCUGUCGAUGCAGACUCCGCACACCUGUCACAUGAUGUAAUGGCCUCCAUUGUGGAUUUACCAGCUAACACUGCAUUCCGGGCGCAAGUGUCCGUAAUGAAUGGACAUCACACUGGGCCGACUAGUAACACGAUCGACUUCAAGACGUCAGAGGGGGUGCCAGGUCCGGUUCGGAAUUUAGAGAAGGAUGAAAUAGAGAGCAGUUACGCGGUGCUGAAGUGGGACCCACCAGACGAACCCAAUGGGCUAUUGCUUGGAUACGACCUUGGUUACCAGAGAGUAAAUGGUGAUACAGCUGGAGACAUCCGAGCACUGGAGCCAAAAAUAAACAACCCCUCCCAUACCUCAGCCAGGAUAACCGGUCUUAUACCAAACCACCAUUACCGGUUCUUUGUCUGGGCCAGAACCAGAGCAGGGCGGGGGGACCAGCGCGCUGUCCAGGUGGUUACUAAAGGGUCUGCCAACCACGCUGCCAACCAUGCAACCAACGGCAAGAUGGCCAGCAAACAUCAAUCAGGAAAUGGUUUAGCGUCUCAUAAUCUGGGGAUCAACUUAGAAAUCCUCGUCGCACUGGCAAUCUCAUGGACACUAGCAAAUCUCGUCUUCCACUGACUAUCAAUGAGAGCAGGGUGUGCUCGGAAUGAACUAUUCCAGAAGGACAUUCAGCUGUUAGGCAACCUUGGAUUUCGUGCUUCAAGGGAAAUGUAAGGGGGAAAAACACACAAUUACUGAGAUAUCUGGUCCUGUACAACACUGAAUUAUGGACCGGAUAAUUAACAAAUAAAAACUGAUUGAUUGUGGGAUAUCUGCAGAACAGAGAUGAAAUGGCGACUGAGAAGGACAGGAUUUGUACAGUUAUCAAUGGACAGACAAGUACAGUACUACAUAAUGAUUGCUGUCAAACACCUGGUCGUCUUAAGUUAAACCUGAUCAUUGUGCACGAAGAGUAUAAAUCAGGAAGGACCCCCAGAUAAACAGGAGCUGUGUUCACGAAUUCAUUCUUCACCGAUUUUGAAAUUUUCCCAACUUCCAUUUUAUUGAAUCCAAACGUGUUGUACAAACAUUGGGCCACUGCAAAGAUUUCGAGUGACAUCCACAUAUUCCGUAUUUUACAUUUUGUUGAGUUUUAAUGCUGAAUAGGGAAAGUUGUGAAUUGUAAUGGCAGAGGACUGUAAAGACUGUGCAGCAAGUGUUUGUGUCUCCCCAUGGGGAGUGAACCAUGGAAUGCUUGAUGCUCUGUUUGGUGUACCUAAAAUGUGAUGUGUAAUCUAGUCCAGAAAUGAGCAUUCUAUGGAGACCGUUUCCAUGGAGUUUAGAUGUCAUAAGAAACAAACAGUGAUGUCAUUUCCUGUUAUCAUUCCGAAUUUAUUCGAAUUCCAUAAACAUUCCAAUGAAUUCAUUACUGACGGCAUCGUCGUAUAAGACGGUGGCUUGUGUGUGCAUAGCAAAACGCUCAGCGACUUCUGUCUCGUUACAGAAUCGUCUUGCUGCAAUCGAACCUCAUUUACUGUUCAUUAAUGCUUAAACUCCGGGCAUAGGAGAUUGGAUGUAUAUCGAUGUUACGGCAACUAAUUAUAAAAAUAUUGUACGA